GGGGUCCCCGACCCCCCCUUCGCCACCCCCCGCGAGGUGGCCACGGCGGCGGCCAUGGGGCGAGCGGCCACCGACCUCGGCGCCGACUUCGUCCUCGCCCUCGGGGACAACUUCUACUACCAGGGGGUGCGGGACGAGUGGGACCCCCGCUUCGAGGAGACCUUCGAUGUCCCCAGGCCCCCAUGUCCCCAAGACACUUCUCCCACUGCUUUGACAGCCUGUGCCCAGUGCUGGGGUGUCCCCACAUCCCCCCGAUGUCCCCCCAAACCCCUUUCCAUGUCCCACAGGCACUUCCCCCACCACUACUACAGCCUUUCCUGGUAUUGGGGUGUCCCCAUGUCCCCCCAAUGUCCCCCUGAUGUGUCCCCAAACCCCUUUUCCAUGUCCCCCAGGCACUUCUCCCACCACCACUACAGCCCGUGCCCGGUACUGGGGUGUCCCAAAGUCUCCCUGGGGUGUCCCCACAGUGUCCCCAAGCCCCCAUGUCCCCAAGACACUUCUCCCACUGCUUUGACAGCCUGUGCCCAGUGCUGGGGUGUCCCCACAUCCCCCCGAUGUCCCCCCAAACCCCUUUCCAUGUCCCACAGGCACUUCCCCCACCACUACUACAGCCUUUCCUGGUAUUGGGGUGUCCCCAUGUCCCCCCAAUGUCCCCCUGAUGUGUCCCCAAACCCCUUUUCCAUGUCCCACAGGCACUUCCCCCACCACUACUACAGCCUUCGCCUCUCCCUGCCGGGCACCAAUGCCACUGCCCGCCUGCUGGUGCUGGACACGGUGCUGCUCUGCGGCGGCGGGGACGAUUUCGGGGUGGGGGGAGCCCCUAAGGGUCCCCGGGACGCCGUGGCGGCGGCGGCACAGCUGGCCUGGCUACGGGACCGGUUGGCGGCCGCUCGGCACGACCGGUACGUGCUGGUGGCCGGGCACUACCCGGUGUGGUCGGUGGCCGAGCACGGACCCACCGCCUGCCUGGUGCGGCUGCUGCGGCCGCUGCUGCGGCGUCACCACGUCACCGCCUACCUCUGCGGCCACGACCACAACCUGCAGGUG